UACUAACGUGUAUAAAUCUUAUUCCACCAGGGCAGCAUCCACAUCGGCGGCUAAGAGGAUGGACGUGCCUAUGGACCACAUCCUGGCUACAGCGGGGUGGUCUAGGGAGAAAAACAUUCCAAACUUUUUAUAACAAACCGCUGGCAGAACCUGUAUCGUUUGCAAAAAAAGUAUUAGAAUCUGCAAAUAUAUAAUUUAAGCCCGGGGCAGCAUUUUUGUUUUUGUUAUUGUUUAAUAACACCAUUAUUAUUUUUACAAACAGAUCAUGGUUGAUUACGAUAACAUACUUCCUCCCUCGAAUGACUUCGGCAGUGAGUGAAGUAUGAACUGUUACACGGUUUGAAAUCACAGAGCUUUAAAAUCUUCACGUAGUCACUCACGUGACUCCGAAGUAAAAUAGUAAGAUUAAACGAGAACUUACCAGUUCGAAGUUUGAUCUGUAUUUUAUGAGGAGUUACGAUGAGGGAUUACGUGCCCUCCGCUCCCACCCUCAACUAUAGAGAUCAACUGGUAUUUAAGUUCUCCUUUUCUUUACUAUGUUUAUUUCAAUUAUUGUGUCUUUCUGUGAUUCCACACCGCUGCUUUGAAGUAUGUCGCGCAUGCGUGCUGGACGGGUUCUUCACGUAAUCUCUCAUCGUAACUCCUCAUAAAAUACAGAUCAAACUUCAAACUGGUAAGUUCUCGUUUAAUCUUACUAUUAAACUCCAUUAGCCAUUCCUCGGCUCACUUGCCCAGCUGAUCAAGAUCCCACUGAAAUUCCCACUUACAUUGUGAAAGCGCAAGGAAAUUGCACGUUUAGAUUGUUGCUCCACCAGACAUUAUGCUCCGAAUUGAUGUAUUUAUGUGGUCUAAAUCCUGUUGGAGGCAUCCACCUAAAAUGCCUCAACAAAGGAUCAGAGGAUUAUAAAUUGAACCGCUCUUUACCUACAUUUAACACUUACCAAUCCACUGCUAAACAGCUAUGGUUUGUACCUUUCAUGCCUGUAAAGCUAGCAACAAUGAUCUAUUUCCUAAUAUAUUAUUUUCACAUUGAAUGAUAGUUUCAAAUUAUAUCAUAAACUUACCACUUACAAACUAGUAUUAUUCCAAGGAAAAUCCAAAUGAUUAUUAUAAGUAAAUAUUAAAUAAUCACUACAACAAAACAUAAGCACAAAUUCAUCUUAAACUGUCUUACUGAUGAAUUUACUAGAAUAAAUAGACGCAUGAUUAUUUAUGGAUCAAUGCUCUUUAGUUAUUGCUGCAUUGGAAUCAGAUUGGGUUGGUUAUUUUUGAUAUAUAUCUGUGGGUAUUGUGAACAGACUAUUGCAGGCAAAAUUACCCUUUUGUGCAGCUUGGAAGGAAUAUUUUUUUAGCAAAACGGGAAUCAAUGAUAGAAAUAGUUUGGCAAUCAUAUUGUUGGCCAUGGUAAGUUCUAAGAAGCAAAUUCCCUAGAAUGAUCAUUCUUCGAUUUAUCAGACAGUGAAGCACAGAUGUAUUGAUUCUUCAUCGUACUAUUUAGCUGCUGUUGAAAGUGACUUGUACGCCAGUAAAUAUUAACAAUUGUGUUGCGUGACCUAACAUCAAAGAGCUGCAGGAGAAAGUUUGCCAAUUACACUCCACAUCAGAUUAGUGUUAAAGUCCAAGAAGUCAGAGACCAUUUGUUUUUUGAACUGAUAUUCGGCACAUGUACUCUAGUAGUUGAGCACAUCGCAGCUCUGAGAGAGGAGGGAAGUGAAAUGAAGAAGAAAAGUAAAACUAUCACUAUCGCGGAGUUUAUUGAAUCACAGAAAAUGAAACUGUUGCCGUUGUGUAGCAGUAUCUUGGAUGUCUAUGGUGGUGAUGAUGGUAUGAACACAACUGAUAUUGGACUCACACACGGUUCCUGUUCUAUGAACCUUCCAGUAAAAAGGGAAAUCACAGUUACUCACUCUAGAAAUGCUGAAACACAUGCACUAGUUAAAGAAAGGCAAAAGAAAGAUAAUCACAACUUGAUUGAACGAAGACGAAGAUUCAACAUCAAUUACCGAAUUAAAGAGCUUGGUACCUUAAUUCCAAAGUCAAACGACCCACUUUUAUUUAAAGAUGACCUUUUACUCUGCAGUGAUGUGCGCUGGAACAAAGGUACAAUUUUGAAAGCAAGUGUGGAGUACAUCAAGUGGCUUCAGAAAGAGCAGCACCGUGUUCGAGAAUUAGAAAACAGGCAAAAGAAACUGGAGCAAGCUAACCGGAGACUGCUGCUGCGGAUUCAGGAGCUGGAAAUGCAGGCUAGAGCUCAUGGUCUGCCCACCAUGUCUUCAGGUCUUAGUCCUAUGGAGCUGGCUGCCCACCUCGUCAAGCAUGAAUCCCACCAAGGGGGAAAUGGUUCCGAUUAUCUGCAGCAAGCAACAUUGCCUCAGAUGUUGAGUGAACUCAAUGAAGGGUCCUAUAACUAUUUGGAUCCUUUAUCUCAUUUCACAGACUUGUCCUUCAGUGCAUCUUUAAAACAAGAGAAUCGGCUUGAUGAAACACUAAUGGACAACACCAUCUCCGUGGGCUCAAAUCAUAUGUCUGCGACAUCACCCAGUGCAUCUAAAGGUAGCAGUAGGAGAAGCAGCUUCAGCUCGGAUGAUGAUGAAUUAUGAUCGAUGCAGUGAUCCAGUAAAGGACUGAGAUUGUUCUAUUUCUCAAGAAAAAUGAUUAAACACAGUCAAUUUGCUUAACUACUGAUUUCAUGCGAGCCAUUUGCACAUUGGUAUUCCAAAUCUUCACUGUAUAGGGUCAGAACUACUUCCUCAUCCAUGUUCAUUUUACUCUGGUGCUGCUAAUCCUUUAUGAGAAAAGAUGGAGUUCACAAAUAGCCAAGUUAAAAUUGUGUAUUUUCAGAAGCGAUAUAACAUUUUGUAUGAAGAAUUAACAUGGAAUGUAAAUCUUCCAACUCUUCCUUAUUUUAUUCUCAAAGGGCCAAUUGAUUCAUUUACUGAGCACUAGGUGGGAGAAUUUUAUUUGCCUGUUAAUUUAAAAAUGUAAUUUUGUGGAAGGGUGAAGGUUACCGUGGUUGGAAAUAAUUGGAGGCAGCACCAAAAUCUGUCAAACUAAGUCUGACAAAUAUACACAAAACUAGAUAUGUAGUUGUCCUGUCCCAAUGGAAUGAUUGCAGAUGCAACGUGGUUUAUUGAAGGAUCUGACAAAAAUGUAUUUCAGAAAAAAACAUUAUUGAAUGUGCCUGCUAAGAAUUUUAAGUCAGAAAUGUUUUUCUCCUUGGUCAAACUGUAAGCAUGUGCUUUGAGGAUUUUUUUUUUAGGUUUGUCAAAUCUUGCUUAAUGGGGUGUGGAGCAGAACAGUGAACUGCUUCACAUUUUUUUGUUAUUUAAAAACGGAAAUUGAGCAAAAGGGAGAUUUUUUUAAAAUUUGAGAAAUACCCAGUUGAUGCAAAAAAUAACCACAUUCUUAUGAUAAUUAAUCCACAGCUAUGGUGAAUUAGUUGUAUUGUGCACACACAAACACCAAUGUUUAGGGUAUAAUUAGUAUGUACGUUAGUUUGUGAGAAUUGUAAUGCAUUAAGCUAAUGCAAAAAAUAGAAACAUAUGUCAGGUUUUUCUUAAGUUGGAUAGGAAGUGGGACAACAAAAUAGUGGAACAAAUCAAUUGAAGAAAAAUAUGUUUAAUUAUGUUUAUAUUAAGUAGAAGUGUAUCAGUGUGUUACUUCCCAUUUUUGUAUUAAAAAGGUAAAUAGGUUGUCAAAUUUAAUUUCUACCUAUUGGAGUUGACCAUUAUUUUUAUAUGCUAUUUCAACAUCUCAAUGCAAGGCAUUUUCUUCACACAAAUGUACAUUAAUCAGAUGAUAGAACUGUUCUCUCCAUAAUGGAUCCAUUUGUUAAUGGAAUACGAGUGUCAUAACAUUGUUGCAUUAAAAAUAUAGAGGUAAAACAGAAGCCCUUCAAACAUAUGCCUCCGUCUUUCUUGAUGAGCAAGGGAAUCCUAAAAAUAAGGCACUGUGCUACAAGAUAUUGAGAAUGAUGUGGUCAGAUGGAGAUGAGUUCUAAGAAGAGUUUUAAGAGAAAGCAAACAGAGAAACGAAGGAAAGGAGAUAUUUCAAAGCUCAAGACCCUGCUGACAAUAUGUGUAAAAACAGAAGAAAGCCAGACAUGGAGAAAUGUUAAACUUCAAAAUGUGUCUUGAGGCUGGAUGAAAUUAUAAACAUGGGACGUAGUGAGAUUUUGAAGGGACUUAGACAGGAAAGGGAAUUUUAAAUGUACUGAUGAUUUAGAACUACAUUUGGCUAGCAAAAAUGGAAGAGGCGGUGGUGAGCAGGACUUGAUGCAGAUUAGAAUGUGGUUAACUAAGUUUGAAUUAACUCUUAAUUGAUGCUAAUGGUCUUGUUCCCGCUGCUGAAUAAGGCUUUGGAUCUGCUGGAAUGCUAUAUUUUGUAGUCUGCAACUUGUCGUAAAUUAAUGGGAUAUAAUGGUGGGGUGAGGUGGGUGGGGGAACUUGUGUGACACCAUUUUUGAUCACUUGUAGUAUAGAUUAAAUCAUAACAUGGGAACUGUAAGCAGCAGUAUGUCUUUUGGCUCUUUGCAUCUUAUCCCUUGAACCUUGCUCUUUGUUGUCUUUGACGGCUGAUUCCACAUUCUUGCAUCAUUCCCCACCCCCUAAUAUUCGUUAAUUUUUCUUGGUGUAUAGUCCAUUAUUCUCAGUCUUGAAUAUACUCAACAUUCACAGUCUGUGGGAAAUUCCAAACAUUCAUAACAAUAUGAAUGAAAACAUUUCUACUUUUUAUUCUGGUCCAAAAUUGCUAAUAUCUUUUUCAGAGCCAAUGCUUUACAUCCCUUGUUUUGGAAGGACAUCCUUCAAAUAUCCAGACAUUUUUUAAAGUAAUGAGCAUUGAUUGUGUAUGAAUCAUUAACAUUUACUGUAAGGUUUGGAAAAAGUUGAUUUCAUGAUUCAUUUUGCUGUCAUUUAACAAUGUUAUUAUACAUAUUUUUCCAAUUAAAUUUAAUUUUCAAUGGGAGAGAAUAUUUGUCAUCAUUCCUUUCUGUAUAAAUGGGUUUACAAUUGUUACAAUAUACAGAUCAGUUGACCAGCUUUGAGAAUGAAUGAAGAGAUGAAGAUUUUGACAGUUUUUUAAUGUGUAAGGCAAAUAUGUUGUGGAAGGGUUUUGGGUCUUAAGCGUUGACAAUCAUGAAUAUUUUUGACUUGUAAGCCUAUAUCCAAGACUACAAACUAUUUUCAGAAAUGUACUGUUAUUGUAUUUCGAAUUUUGUAUGAAAUAACAUUUUGUAAGAUUUGUACAUAUUAAUCUUUUGUGAAGAGUUUUUGUGUGAAAAAUCAUGUACAGUGUUUGUUUAUAUGUGACCACUGUCUCUGAACUAUUCCUGAAGCUAGUAAAUUCCUCAAAAAUAGCAUCAAACUUGUGAUCCACUUUUUUUUUUGCUUGCAGUAUUCAGACUACUGUCAUAUGAUGUUUUCCCAAAAUAGAAAUAGCACUAGUUCUCAUUUGAUUUGUUCUUACUGCAGACAGUAAUUCAAACACCAACGUUAUUUAAAAAGGAAAUCAGAAUUAUGGCAUUUUUAGCUUCCAAAUACAAUCUGAAAGAUCCUAAAUAUAACUUACUGAUUUCCCUUUUAAGAGAUUAUUUAUUGAUUGUUUUAAAUAACUUUGCUUCUCAAAGGCUGUAGACUUGUGUAAUGCCUGCAAGUUAAUCAAUGAGCAGUUUCUUGA